AUGACGUCGUCUAAAUCAGCAUCAAGACCAAGAAUCACUGAAGAUGAAGUAAGGAAGAAUUUCAAAUCAAUGAUUGAUGAAUUCACUUCUCAUAAUCCUCCUACCUAUGGCAGAUAAUUCUAAAAGAUACUUUAAUUGAAGGAAGUAUAAUUUGAAGAAGGAAUCGUUGGUAGAUUAAUUUUCGUCAUAAAUAUUCCAAAUACACUUCGAAAUGCAUACAAUAUUGCACAUGGUGGAGCGAUUGCAGCAAUAAUAGAUGAUUCAACAUGGGCAACUGUUUAUGCGUUCACAGGCAAAUAUAUGUAUUCGAUGAAGCUGAUAACUGAAUUCAUUUCAGGAGUCCCUAUUGAGACAGAUCUAAUUUUUGAAAUUGAGGUAACUAAAGUAAGCAAGACUAUGGCUUUUACAGAGGCAAUAAUUAAAGAUGCAAAAACUAUGUAAACUCUUGGGAAAGGUGCUAAUGUCAUGGCUAUGCCACCAGAGAAAUCUCCUAAAUUAUGA